CGCCUUCCUCGGACCCGGGUCGGCCUCGCCGACGCCAGCGCCGACCACCCCUGCGACGGUGCCAUCGCCAUCAGCUGCUCCGACGCCAGCGCCGACGCCUCCGCCAGUGACUCCGGCGCCAUCAGCUGCUCCGACGCCAGCGCCGACGUCUGCGCCCACCACUAGGCAGACUGAGAUAUCGACAGAGGCGUGGGAUCAACUCUUGCUGCUCAACCAGCUGCGGAAGGACGGCUUCACCUGCACGGACGGGACCUACUUUGAGCCCGGGGAGGAGCUGCAGUUGGACUGCCGCUUGUGGAAGGCAUCGUACCUGCACUCCAGGGACAUGGCCGACCGGGGCUACUUUAGCCACACCACGCUUGGCACUGGCGAGAGUCCGUGGGAUCGAGCAAGUGAGCAGGGGAUCUUUGCCAACGGCGAGAACAUCGCGGCGGGGAGCUCCUCCGCAGAAGGCGCACUGAACCAGUGGAAGAACUCGGACGGCCAUUGCAGAAACAUGAUGAAUCCAAACAUGAAGCUGGUGGGCGUGGGCUACGCCUUGGGUGACAUCAGCUACCGCCAUUAUUGGACCCAGAUGUUCUCGUCCCUCUCGCUCGACCCCAGCGAGGUCGACGUGUCUUGCUACCCUGCCGCCUGA